UAUUAUUUAAUAUUAAUUAAUUUAGCUGUGAUACAUUCGUACAAUUUAUUAAGGUUUUAAUUAGUUUUCUAUAAGUUGGCUUGUAGAUACAUUCAGUUUACAUUGCUGUAUGUUUUACCAUUGAUGAACAAAAAGUUUAAUUUAUAGACCUUGAUGCGUGAUUAAUGCUCACAACUUUUUGCGUUUAACACAUAGACCAACAUAAUCACUUAUCCGUUCCUGUCUUAUCAUAUUAAAUUGUUAACUUCUAUAGUAUAUUUUUCGUUAUACAGUUCUACGGCUGCAGAAAAAAGACGACCUCGUCAACCUAACCUUUAUUAUUAAAGAAUCAGAUAUUUACGAACAGUUACAUUUACCACCUUCAGAAACGAAGAUGUUCAGUUUAGAGGGCGACGAUAAAGCCAAUAGAGGAAUGUUAAACAGUUUUCCAUCAGUUCCGUCUCCAUAUUUAAAUUAUGACCCUCAACUUUUACCUCAGUCAUCUCAGCCAGAAUAUAUAUUUUUGGAAGGAGCUGGUUCCAAGCAACGUGGGCGUUUUGAAUUGUCAUUUACAGAAAUUGGUACAUCAUGUUUAAUUGGUGCUACAAUUGGUGGUAUACGUGGAAUAUACAGUGGUAUAAAAAUGACAUCAAUGGAAAAUCAAACCAGCACAUAUAAUAGAACACAGAUCUUAAAUAGUGUUUUUAAAAAUGGAGCACGUUUGUCUAAUACGUUUGGAACAUUAUCUGUAUACUAUAGUAUCUUUGGUAUCAUAUUAGAAAAGACCCGGGGAUGUGAAGACGAGCUUAAUACUAUUGUAGCAGGAACAAGCACUGGACUUUUAUACAAAGCUACAAGUGGUCUUAGGAGGUGUGGCAUUGGGGGCUUGAUUGGAUUCAGUCUUGCUACAGCAUUCAGUUUAGUUACAUCAAGAGAUAAAAUUAAAGAAAUGGGAAGAAACGUAUUUCAUUCCUAAACAUGUUUACCUAAAUAAAAUGUUCGCAAAAAUAAAUGUGCAUAAUAGUUUUUAGACUUAUA